AUGGCAACAGCCGCGACAUCCUCUAACUUGAUAACAUCCGUCGACCAAGCCUCAACAGCUGCAGGAUACAACCCCCUCCUUACCGUCCCCGUCACCAUCUACAAUUUCCCUACCAUGGAGCCGCGCUCUCUUGAGUCCUGGUCCACAAAACACCUCUAUCUUCCACUGCGACGGGAUAUCCUCCACCUGGCAGUCGUCUACGAGGGCGACAUGACGCGGCAAGGCACCGCCUCCUCCAAGAACCGAUGGGAGGUGCACGGGUCGCACAAGAAACUGCGGCCGCAGAAGGGCUCGGGCCGGGCGCGUGUUGGCGACAAGCAGAGUCCUCUGCGCAGGGGCGGUGGCAAGUCGUUCGGCCCCAAGCCGAGGGACUUCUCGACGAGCCUCAACCGCAAGGUGUACGACCUGGCGUGGCGCACGGCUCUGUCAUACCGGUACCGCCGGGGCGAGCUGACCGUGUGCCAGGACGGGAUGGAGCUGCCGCUGCCAGACGACUUUCUCGCACUCGCGCAGGCUGACAAGCUCGGCCGAGAGCUGGAAGACGGGUAUGUCAGCAAGUAUGUCAAGCAGAUGCUCCAUUCACUGGAGUGGGGCAAAGCAAACGGCCGGACACUCUUUGUUACGGGGGAUAGGCGGCCAAACCUUUUUACGAGCUUAGAAGUCGCCGGAGAAGAGGCGCGGGCUCUCGAGGUCGAUGAUGUGGAUGUCAAGGACCUGCUCGAGACGGGCCGGGUGGUUGUAGAGCGGAGUGCAUUAAAGGAGAUGAUCGAGAGGCAUCAAAGCGACCUCAUUAGUCGUGUGUUUAUCCAUGGUGUUCGACGUCCCGGCCCGGCUAUCGGCGAGACACUUGUAGAAUAG